AAGUAGCUGCCCUCACCCCAAAACAUUUGAUCUGAAGGGUAGAAGGAUGUCGAAGCAAGCCACCAUGAUAAGCCAAGAAGGUUUAAAGUUGUCCUCCGCUAUAAAAUCAACUGAUCUAAACUACCAGUCCACUAACACUCCUACCAGUCAUCACAUUGAGCCCCACACAGUGUAUGUAGAGUUGGAGGAGCUCCAUGAAGAUGAUAAAACUAAGAAAAUGGAGUGGGUUGAAACUGCGAGGUGGCUCAAGUAUGAGGAGGAUAUGGAGAAGAGUGAGAGGUGGGGUAAGCCUCACGUGUCUUCUCUCAGUUUCCAUAGUCUACUGGAACUGCGCAGGGGCUUCUCCAAAGGUAUAGCAGUGAUAGAUUCAAGAGAGGUGACCCUACAAGGUGUAGCUCACGAGGCUCUUAAUGAGUUUGUUCACCAAGGCAUCCUGAAGAGGGAACACAAGGACAUUGUACUUCGUGCUCUCCUCUUGAAACACAAGAAUGAGUUUCAGUCCAAGAAGAAUAAAAGGAAAAGUUUAGAUUUUUUGACUGCUAUGAGAAACAGAAGGGCUCAUUCUCUGGCGCCAGAUAAAGUCUUAACUGAGAAGGAUGAUGCAAAAUCAGAAAACAAGAAACGACUUAGCUGCCCGGAUGAGGAUCUCGGAAGAUUCAAGAAGAUACAACGACGCAUAUCUUCUUUCGAUCCAACAUUUGGAGCCAGAUCCACUUCACAAGGUUACUCAAAAGACAUCUCCGAUCCUGCUGCAGAGCGUAGACAGAGCAUAUUUGAUAGGCUUCAGCUCAAAAUUAAUGAAUUUAAAGGGAGAUCGAGCAAAUCAGAAGAUCUGGAGUCUUGUGUUUUUACUAACGUUGCGAGUGAAGCACCUACUUUACCCGCCCUCACAGAGGAGACAAUGGAUGAGAUACAACCUCCAAAUGAGGCAAAACAAGGGAAUACCUCAAAUGAGUCAAAACAGGGAAAUAACUCAAAUGAGGCAAAACAAGGAAAUUCUUCAAAUGAAACGGCAGAAGAGAGGGAGAUAACCGAAAUUUCUGACAAGUUGGUGUCGAACAUUCUAGAAAAAGUGAAGCAAGAUUUUAUGAAAUGUGAGCAAGAGAUCAAACAGAAGCGGACUGGUCUAAAUUCCCGAAAGACAGUUUCAUUCAUGGAACCCCGAAAGUCAACAGUUGGACUCCACGAACUAAAUUUUGACAGACCUACACUCUCUCCUACCGCUCACUUUGUUCUUAACAAUCCUCUCGUUGUGGAAGAGGAGGAGGAAGAGGAGGAUGGUGUUAGGGUAUUGGAUGCAAUAACGAAACAUGUGGAGACAACGUCAGGAUCCGAAGAAGUACAAGCAUCUCAAGAAUCCAGCUCCGGCAAGGAUGGAGGGGACAAGAAGUCAUCUGUCAGUGACGGCAAAAGGAGAGCCAGUACUGCACAGUUCCUCAAGCAUAAACUUAACAGGUCCCCACUACAAUUGCUGAAAGAUGCUUCCACGAGAAUCGAGAAAUACAUGUAUCCUGAUCAGGAUAAGAGCAAUGAUCGUACUAGAAGGUUCCUCAGAGCAGGUAGUCUACCCCCUGACUGUGAAGCCGCCCCAGUUUUAGUGGCAAAACUGGACUUUCUCACCAAACCUCUGGUGGCUUUUAUCCGGCUAGCUGAUGCUCAGUACUUUGACGACAUCACAGAGUACUACAUGCCCGUGAGGUUCCUGUUUCUGGUUAUUGGACCCCACUCCGACUCCGUGGACUACCACGAGGUGGGCCGGAGUAUCGCUACUAUCAUGAGUAAUCAGGAGUUCCAACAGAAGAUGUACUCCGCUAGCAGCAAGGAGGAGGUCCUGGCGGAGCUGAAUGUGUUUCUUAACGACAGUAUAGUCCUGCCCCCUGGAGAAUACGGCGCUGACCAUAUCCUACCUAAAACUUUACAGAAAUCGAUAAGAAAGAGAAAAAAACAAGCGGCUGAAAUCGAUGAAGACAAACGAGUGAGAUACCCAGUGGUUGGAUACACCAGCGAGCUAAAAGAGCACUUCGACCCCCUCUCCCGUACUGGGAGGUACUUUGGUGGUCUUAUCAGAGAUGUCAAGACGUUACGCAAGCGUUAUCUAUCAGAUAUAAAAGAUGGGAUGAACCUAGUGACACUGGAAAGUGUACUGUUGAUGUUCGGUCUGAUGCUAGCCCCUGCUAUAACCUUUGGAGGGUUAGCUGGUAAACACACUAAAGGGGACUACGGAGUCAUUGAGAUGUUGCUCUCUACUUGCCUUGGAGGAGUACCUGUUGGGCGCGCAAGGACUUAA